AUGGCAUCCUGGGGGCACCUGGGAAUGAAUGUGCAGGUGUGGACCCACCUCAACCUCUCUGGUGCCACAGUUUCAGAGUGGGUUGGUCCCUCGUGGAGAACUCAUGCCAUAGCCCUGUAUCAGGUCAGCAACUCCGCUGGGCAGAUGUUGGCAGCUGGAUUGGCCUACGGUAUCCGAAACUGGAGAUUCUUGCAAAUUGCUGCCUCUGCUCCUACCUUCCUGCUCUUCUUCUACUUCUGGCUUCUACCAGAAUCUUCACGGUGGCUCCUCAUCUGGGGGAAGACAGAAGAGGCCAAACAACUGGUCAUGAAGGCAGCCUCAGUCAACAAGCGCAAGCUCUCCCCAGAGCUCCUGAGCCAGCUGGUCCCAGAGAAGCAAGCCCGCACAGGGAAUGCCUUAGAUCUUUUCAAGCAUUCUCAUCUGCAGAAGGUGACCCUGAUUCUCAUCUGGGUCUGGCCAACAGGCAUGGGGCUGGUGAGCUUCUUCUCCAAGACUGGUGGCAUCAUCACACCACUUGUCCUCCUGCUGGGUGACUACCACAUGGCCAUCCCUAUGCUCAUCUUUGGCAGCACCCCCAUUGUGGCAGGGGCGCUCUGCUUCCUGCUGCCUGAGACACGUGGCCAGAGUCUGAAGGAUACCAUCCAGGACCUGAAUCCAUGUCCCCAGCCAGGGUCCUUGAAUUCAGAGACCCUGGAAAAAGGAAGGGAGACUGCAGGAAACAUUCCAUUUCAACAGUAG